UAUAUGAAACAUCAGUCAGCCGAGAGAAGCGGAGCUGAAAGACCGCGACUCCGUAGAGCGCACGAUUAGCCCGCAGCCUCAGACCGAGCGAAUCCUCGAGCGAAUCCUCGACACCGCCGCUGUUGUUAUGUGAGUGCAGUGCUCCGCGGUGCAGAGAAAGAGUGCGCGAGCGAGAACCAUGUCAGUGGGGCCCAGGGCCCGGCCGGCGCUGCUGCAGUCAAGUCCCCGGCGACUAAGCUCUUGACUCGCUUGAGCGCGCCUGUCUCCCGAUCAGCGAAGAUGCCGGCCUGCGGCAGCGAGGGGGCCUGCCUCCAGGGCCUCUGGACCAGCAAGACCGGCGUCGCCUCGCCCCAGUGCCUCGGCUCGCCGCCGCCCCCCAAGAGGCAGCAGUUGCUGCCCCGGCUCAACCGCCAACAGUCCUCCCAUCAUCAUCAGCAGCAGCAGCAGCAGCAGCAGCAGGCCCAGGGGCAGCGCUUCUACCUGCUCGGGCUCGCGCGCAAGCUCCUCACCUACUGCGUGCUGGCCCCGGCCCUCUGGCUCUCCUGCUGGCUCUGGCUGGGCUGGCUGCUGCUCAGGCUGCCGCUGGCGGCGCUGCGGUUGGCCGUCCGCCUGGCCUUCCCGCGGCUGGCCCAGCGCUCGCAGCAGCAGCAGCAGCGGCGGCGCUGCGUCCUCAUCGGCGGCGGCGGCAGCGUCCAGGCGGUCCAGCUGGCCCGCAACCUCUCGAGCGCCGGGGCCCGCGUGCUGGUCUGCGAGCUCGAGGGCCCGCUCGGCCUGGCGCGCUUCUCGAGCGCCUGCUCGCGCUACUUCACGCUGCCGAGGCCGGGCCGCGGGGGCGCCACCGCCGCGGACUACGUGACCGCGCUCAAGGCCAUCGUCGAGCGCGAGCGCGUCGGCCUGUACGUGCCGGUGAGCGGCGGCGCGGCCGGCUACCUCGACUGCCUGGCCAAGCCGCACCUCGAGCUGCUCGGCUGCGAGUGCUUCGGCCCGGGGCCCCGCGAGCUGGCCCAGCUGGAGGACCCGCUGGAGCUACUGCGCCGGGCCCGCGAGAUCGGGCUGCCCGAGCCGGAGCACCGAGUGCUGGGCGCCGGCUUGGCCGAGGCGGCCGCGAGCCUCUACGAGGCCGGCCGGCUGCGGGCCGGGGGCCGGCAGUUCGCCUUGCCGGCCGGGCCCGCGGGCCUGCGCGAGCGGGGCCCGGAGCUGCAGCUGCCGCUCACGCUGGCCGAGUUCGCCCGGCAGAUGGCGCAGCAGUCGCCCGAGCGGCGGGCCGGCCGCUGGCUGGUGCUGCGCGACCCCGGCGGCGAGCACUUCGUCACCUGCACGACCCUGCGCGACUCGCGGCUGCUGGCCAACGUGACCUGCCGGCUGGACGAGGAGCGCGGCGGCUGCCUGGUCGCCGAGGAGCGGCCCGAGGUCGAGCGCUGGCUCGAGCGGUUCUGCGCGCGCGGCCUCGGCCCGGGCCUGCUCAGCGGACACCUGAGCUUCCGGCUCGCUGCCCUGGAGGGCCAGCCCGAGGAGCUCGUGCCGCUGGGCUGCCGGGUCGGCCUGGGCCUGAGCUACCUGGGCCACACGAGCCUGCAGGCCCGGCUGCACGCGAAGCUGCUCUGGAGCAGCGCGCGGCCCUGCAGCCGGCACCAGAGGCUGGCCCGGCGGCGCGACGCCAGCGGCACUAGGGUGCUGGACCAGCGGCAGGCGCUCUUCCACUACUCGGACCCGCUGCCCUACUGCAUCUACUGCUACCUGCAGCUGCCCUUCCGCAGGCUGGUUGCUCUGCUCGGCGCCCGGCCCAGCCAGCACCAGCCGCCCCUGGCCGUCGUGCAGUGAGGGAAGACGCCGCCCCGUUUAAGCGACUCUUGUACUACUUGUAUACACGUCGUCAGGCUGUAACCUGCCGAUCUAGCUCCUAAUAUAUUAUAUUGUAUUCUCUACUUGUUCCAUUAAUAACGUUAAUCCCGUAGCUGUAAGCUGUUCCAUGUCAUAACACGUUGAUCAACUGCGUACGACGAUUAUUGUAAUUGUUGAAAUUUCAAAUUGAUCUCCCUCCUAUCGCCCGAGCGCAUGUACGCAAAUGACUCUGAUGUGCUGCCGAAUCGAGAGACUAUAUAGUUAAUAUGUAUAGUAUAUAACAAGUCAACGAGCUUCGUUGUUCAAUAAAAGUUUAUGAAAAAUU